UGACUUGGGAUUGAAAAUAAUUUACAGAAGCAACAAAUCAUCGAGUCUAACAUCUGUUACUUGUUAAUAUGAAGGUGCCAGAGGAGGAAUUAAUGAGCGACAUUUUGAAGCGGUUAACGGGCGAGUCGGCCCUCCCGGCGUACAGCAACGUCGAGAAGUUCAGGCGAGGGAAGGACGGCUUAUACUUCGUCGCGGAGGACUUUCAUGAAACUGUGAAAAAAAGGGAAUUGGUCAACGCCAAGGAGCGACUAAGAAUCAGGAACUUGAACCACAUGUUCUCCCGCUUGAAGCGAAUGGUGCCACUAAUGCGACCUGACCGGAAGCCCAGUAAAGUGGACACACUCAAAGCUGCAACGGAAUACAUUCGAUUGCUUGUUGCAGUUUUGCAGGACACUGACGGUGAGGCCGGCAGUGGGACUGAUUUCCUUAAGAAAGCAAUCACUUAUGGUCAGACUGACGGCUUGAGCAACGACCUAUGGAGAGUGGAUGAUUUACUAAACCUGUCAGAUGAGCGCAUGGAAGAUGCUUUCACCAUGCUCCCGGAACCGAUCUCUGAGGACGGAGAAAUGAGCAGACUGGUGUUGCAGCAUUGUGUGAUGCCUGCAUACCAGUUCAUCAUUCAAGUAGCACCUGAUCAGACAUUGAUGUCUCAACCGUAGAGCGGGUGGCUUGGACCACUAUUGGAAACCUGUCAGGGGCCUGUUGAAGAAAGGAAAUUCUUGAAGAAAAUGCUAUUUUAUUUCUUGUUUAAUUUAACUUUUGAAAUUUACAUUUAAUUUGAGUAAAUAUGAACGUGUUUUAUUUUCAUUUCACAAACUGUAUCCUUGGCAGCCCUUUAAUAAAAUGUAAAAG